AUGUAUUUUCAGAUGGUUGCUCGUAUUAAAAAUGAUCGGAAGCAGCCCGUGGUCAAUUUUCAAGAUCUUCACUCAUUACUUAAAAACCCUUCAUACGCUGCACUUUUAUUUCAAUCUGUUAAAUCCAUAAAAUGGUUUGAAUACAAUGAAUUACUAUCAUUAAGCACGUCGUCCGUAAAUAAAAAUCCGGACAUGACAUCUCUUCGACCAUUAUGUGAACAGCUCUACAAAUAUGAAUCUGAUUUAUAUAAAAAAUUAUUUCAACAACAAAAUCCAUCCGAUUAUAGUUGGUUUCAGACAGCAAUUAGUAGCGGAACAUUUAAAGAUCGUUUAGCUGCUCAUGUAUCAAUGAUAAAACGGAGUUCAUUACAUUCAUUGUUCGAACUAGAGUAUUUAGUUCAAUUAUUAAGAAAUAAUUUACAACAUCGUCGUGAAUGUAUCGAAAUUAUGGAAAUUUUAAAAGAUAUUUUUAUACAAGAUUAUCUCCCGCAACAGAAAAAACUUUUAACGAUAGAACAACACGAUCUUAGCUCAAUUAAGACACAAAAUCCAGAUGAUAUGAAACGUAUAGCAAUACUUUGGUUUCUUCAGGAUAAAUUAAAACGAUUAUAUUCAUCAUACUUGGAUUCAUUACAGAAAAUAUCUCAUGAUCCAAUUGAAAAUAUUCGUAUCAAAGCGAUUGUAACCAUUCAACAUUUACUUGUCCAACGUCCUGAGCUAGAAAAACGUCUUCUAGAAUUAUUAAUUGAUAAACUGGGCGAUCCUGAUCAUACAGCAGCAGCUAAAACGUUACAUUUAUGCAAUAAAUUAUGUAAGUUACUGAGUGUUAAAGACGAUGUUAGUUCAAAAUAUUUUGCCUUAUUAUUAGGUGGUGUUACGCGAGCGCUAGCAUUUGCAAAAGUUAAUAUUGAAAAGAUAUUAGAACAUUUAAAUGAUCUAUUUCGUAUUGUUCAUUCAAAAAAUUUCAAUACAAGUGUUCGAGCAUUGCAAUUAUUAUUUAAAAUUUCUGAACAAAAGUAUGUUGAUUGUAGAAUUUGA